CUCUCUCUCUCUCUCUCUCUCUCUCUCUCCUUCCUCUUGGAAAACCUGCGCUUUCUUGUUGUAGUGAAGUUCACAGUGAAAGACCCGAUUGGGUUGGUGCGGCAGGAGAGGGAAGGUACCUUACCAAAUGAACCUUGCACAUUGAAUUCCCUCAGCUUUUCAUCUCUUCCAACUGUGAAAUGUCGUCGGUCUGCAAUCUGCAUAGUCGUCCGGGUUCUUCUCACUUUCAGCUCAACUGCAGCAUUUCCCCUUCUCUUCUCCUCCCAUCACCCCCUUUUCUUUCGGAUUUGAACGCUUCAACUUCAUAGAGAAGCUAACAGAGAACUGAGAUGAAUUACAAGAAAUCAGAAGCUCUUUGGGAAAAGGGCAUUGCUGAAAAGAUGAUUAUCAGCAAUGAUUAUGUAGGUGCGAGGGACAGGUUACUUAAAGCCCAGCAGCUUUACCCACAGCUUGAUCACGUUGGUCCAAUGCUCUUGGUAUGUGAGAUACUAUCCGCUUCCCUAAACAAGUUACGAGGCUACAAGAUCGAUCACUACUGGGUUCUUCAGCUAGUACCCUCAUCCACAUUCCUUGAGGUUAACUGUCGAUACCAGAAACUUCUUACCUUGCUGCUACCCCUCAAGAAAAAAUUCCCUGGCACUGAAUUGGCUUUAAAACUCUUACAUGAUGCAUUCUCUGUGCUUUCAGACCAAAAAAAACGAUUGGCAUUUGAUUCAAAGCGGAAGACUAGCUGGGAAGCUUAUAAAUCAGUGAACAUUCGAGCAUUCUGUCACAAUAUCCCGAAUCAAGCAGCAAUUGCUGUUCAAAGUUCUUCUUCUUCGAGUCAACCUCUGGAUGGAAAGAAAAGACGUUUAGCAACAAAAGACUCUCCGGGGACUGUUGGAGAAUUGAGACCCUCACCGCCAGCUACAGUUGAAGAUCCAAGUUGCUCUUCUUCUGCUGUGAAUUCCAAAGGGAGUGUGGAAGCGCAUGGUGAUAUCCUUGCAGACAGUGUGAGUUUGCUAAAAGAGCAGCGUCCAAUUGGUUCAGCUGGAAAUUUAUGUUCAUCUUCAAGAGCAGUGGCUUGGAAGAAAAUUGAUCAAGAUUUUUAUGACUUCGAAAUCAAUAGAAAAGCUGAAUUUUUGCAAGCUGGGCAGAUCUGGGCUGUUCACUACUGGUCAAAUGCACCUCAAAAUCGUCGGUAUGCACAAAUCAUCAGUUUUGAAUCUGAAGCUUGUGUUGCAUGGUUGAAACCGAUUCCAGUUACUUCAGGAGAGAGAAAAUGGUGUGAUAUGGGCUUGCCUGUUGCUUGUGGUUCCUUCUAUCUUGAUUCAGAAAUAAGUGAGUGGUUGAGCUGGCCUUCAGUUUUCUCUCAUAAUUGCUCAUGGAUUUGUGGGGUGACAGAGGAACAGGUGGAGAUUUACCCAAAGAGAGGUGAGGUUUGGGCACUAUACAAGGACUGGGACAUUGAUGAAUGGGCCUUUAACCCUCAAACUGUCGAAGGAUGCAAAUUUCUGAUUGUUGAGAUCCUAUCAGACUUCUCAAAAUAUGUGGGUGCAGAUUGUGCAUGUUUGGUGAAGGUGGAUGGUUUCAUGAGCAUAUUUCAAAGACAAACAGAGGACGGGCGUGCAGUCACUCUUCAUAUCCACCCAGACAAUUUGUUCAUGUUUUCUCACAAUGUCCCAGCAUACAGGUUUGCUGUUGGAGAAAUUGAUAAUGUGGCUGAGGGCGCUUUUGAGCUUGACCAGUUGGCCGUGCCUCAUGAUACUAUACAGUGUAUGGAUUCCCAAACGGUACUAAAGGAGGACAUAUCAACCUCUUUGCCUAGUUUUAGUUGCUCUGUUGAACGUGUUCCUUCUGUGCAACCAUGCUUGGAAAGUGAGCCUUCAAAGCCUAAACAGUUACGGAAUGAUUUUUCCAUAGGUCAGGUAUGGGCUGUAUACUCUGGAAAUUCUCUGAUGCCUCGGCAAUAUGCCCGGAUAAAUAGUGUGGUUUCAGAGAGACAAGUAGGUGUUACAUUCUUAGAACCUCAACCUAUUCUUGAUUGUGAAAUCAAUUGGAAGAAGGAAAAUAUCCCUUUCGUGUGUGGAAUAUUUAAGGUUGGUGGAAUUGAUGUUAACCUGGACAUAUCACAAUUUUCUCAUUCAGUAAAAUUUCAAAAGAGUGCAACUAAUCCUUUGUACCGGAUCUUUCCAAUGAAAGGGGAGAUAUGGGCUAUUUAUAGGGAUUGGCAUAACAAGUGGAAGCAUUCUGACUAUGAAAACUGCCAAUGCCAAGUCGUCGAAGUUCUUUCAGCAUUGCUGGAAGAUAAUUCUGUGGCUGUUGCCAAGCUGGUGGAGGUGAAGGGUUGUGGUACGUUCUUUUACAGGCAACAAUGUGAUGGGUUCGAACUUGCUCGGACAGUUUCAAGAGAAGAGAUGCUUAGCUUCUCUCAUCAAAUUCCAGCUUUCAGAGUUCCAGGAAUUGGGAAAUAUGGAAUCCCAGAAUGCUCUUGGCAUUUGGAACCAAAGGCCCUCCCUCUUUCCAAAGGAACCUAAUUCCAGUAUAAACUCAAAUGCCAAUGCACUUUGUUAUGUCCACUGUAUCUCAAUUUUUCUGUCCUCUUUGACUCAUUGCUGAGCUAUGAUUUUUGUUGCACAAUAUCGUAUUAACGCGAGACAGCUUUUUCU